UCAGUUUUUGAUCGAGCUUCAUUCUCGCUCUGAAAACGCCAAAUACGCUUUCAAACCAAAAUGGAGGAUUUGUCGGUCGAGGUGUACGGUGAAAAUGGUGCUUAUUAUAAGGCCAUUGUCACCGACGUGCUCGACAACGAGGUUCUCGUAACCUUUGAAAAUGACUGGCAACCGGAAUCGAAGUUUCCGUUUUCCCAAGUGUUCUUACCACCUAAGGAUACUGGCAAACAAACAGAGUUCGUGGAAAACCAAGAGGUGGAAGUAUUCGCGAGGUCAAACGAGAAGGAAGCAUGUGGGUGGUGGACUGCAAAUAUCAAGAUGAUGAGGGGGGAGUUUCUGGUGAUCGAGUACCUGGAGUGGGACAACUGCUACACGGAGAUCGUGCCCAAGGACCGGCUGCGCGUCAAGACGCCCAAGACGCCCAUCGACAAGACCACCUUCCACAAGUUUGAGAUUGCCGUGCCGGACGAGCUCAAGGACUACCUUGGUAUGCUCCACAGCGCGAAGGUGGAAAACGCGCACAAGGAGUUCCAGAAGGCGAUCGGAGCGGGCCUGGUGUGGUAUGUCCCCGAGCGCGGCGUGCUGGCCGUCGUCUCGCGCUGCGAAACUUCCCAGAAGCGCGCGCAGAUGCUGCAGGAGAUGCACUUCAGAAACUUAACGCAAAAGCUGCUAUUACUUAAAAAGACUGAAGAGGCCGCGAGGCAGCUGGAAUCCACUAAAAUACACAACCAGGGAGGCUACUCGGAUGAGUUCCAGGUCCGCGAAGACUUGAUGGGGCUGGCCAUCGGCACGCACGGCGCCAACAUCCAGCAGGCGCGUAAGGUGGCUGGCAUCACCAACAUCGAGCUGGAGGAGGUCUCCUGCACUUUCAAGAUCUGUGGAGAGUCGGCGGAGGCGGUGCGCGCGGCUCGGUCGCUGCUGGAGUACGCGGAGGAGAGCAUCAAAGUGCCGCGCGCGCUGGUGGGCAAGGUCAUCGGCAAGAACGGCAAGGUCAUCCAGGAGAUCGUCGACAAGAGCGGCGUUGUGCGCGUGAAGGUGGAGGGUGACAACGAGCCGCAGCCGUCGGCGCCGCGCGAGGAGGGCAUGGUGCCCUUCGUGUUCGUGGGCACGAGAGAGAACAUCGCCAACGCUAAAGUGCUCGUCGAGUACCACGUGGCGCAUCUCAAGGAGGUGGAGCAGCUUCGCGCGGAAAAGCUGGAGAUUGACCAACAGCUCCGAGUGGUGAUGGGAGGCAGCACGUCGUCCUACCCUCCGCCUCGAGGCGCGCCCGCAGCCCGCGCGCGUCGCCCGCGCCCGCCGCAACAGAGAUACCCGCCUGGCGGGCGACGAACCACCCCCGAGCUGGGCGACCGGACUGAGGAGCGCGGCGACGGCUCGUACCGGGGACGCGCGCGUCCGCCGCGGCCCAACAGAUCGAGUGAGCGUCGUGGUGAAGAGAGGCGUGUCCCGCUAGAGAACGGGCGGCCACACCCGCGGCCCCCGCGCGACAACCGCGAUACCCGUGACAACCGCGACAACCGCGACAGUCGCGACGCACGCGAUAGCCGCGACACGCGUGAUAACCGCGACGCGCGGGACGCAAGCGGUCGGCGCCGCGACGACCGGCGAAGGCAGACUGACGACGAGAGCUCGGUGCUCGACAGCCAGGACGUGUCCAGCGCCGACAGAGAGUCCGCGUCUUCGGAGGAAGGGGGCGCCGCGGGAGACGCGCCCAACGCCCGGCGCCGGCGCCGGAGGCGGCAAGGUGGCGGGUGGAAGAACGGCGUGAGCGGCCCCGGCGCGGCGGCGGCCCCCGCGGCGGCCGCAGCGCCCGCCGCCGGCGCGGCGCCCGAGCCGCGCGCGCCCGCGCCCGCCGCGCCCAAGCCGCGCCGCGACGCGCCCAAGCCCAAGGCCGAGCCGCUGCUCAACGGCACGGCGUAAUGGCGCCGGCCGCGCCCCGCGGGCUCCUACGUUACGUACAUAUAGCGCGCCCGCCGCCCCCGGCCCGCGCCGACUGCGGCCGCGGCGCGCCAGCCUAGACUUACUCGUAUUAUGCUUUUGUAAGAUUCGUGAUUUGUAUUCCUGAUUAUUCGAUAUGAGAAAUUACACUCGUGUACGUCGCUCCCCGGACGAUACUACGGGCGUCGCCCCCGCCCCGCGCCCCGCGCCACCACAAAUAAACAACUGUACAUAUUGGAAUCGUAUUUUAUUUGUACAAACAGUCGCCCGUCCGCCGCGGGCGAGACGUCACACCGUCGAGGCGAUACAUUCGAUUUAUAAAAAUACUAUGACUAGUCGGGACGUUACAUAUACGACGACUAAAUUAUGAGGAAAUUGUCACACUCGGAUGGGAGGUCGGGGGUACAUUUAUCGUGACACUCAGAAUUAAAAUAUUAACGAGAUAUCGAUUACAAAUUAUGUACCUACUCUAUAAGAUUUCACUUAGCCUAUACGAAAUUCGAGCUAAUACAGUUCACAACUGCAGCGAUCGGAACGUAACUCCGCUAGGAGCGUUACGAUGUUUAUUUACAAAGAUACCUACAUCAGUCUAACGAUGCCGCGAUAUGCAUUAUUGCCGGGAUAUCACUUCACUGCGAGUACAGACAUGCUUCGGGACUAGAGCUCGUGGAUUCCCUGACGGACGCGGCACCUCGGCGUAUAGCUUGCGCGACGGAUACGGGCGACCAAUAUGUUAUCUGCCGCGUAUCCGUCCGUCACGACACCCCGGCCGCGGCGCUCGGCUCAGUUUAUGUGUCCUCGGUUCGCGAUGUGUUCUGUUCGGUUGCGAGCGAGCGGCCGCGUGGCACGACGUCACACUCGUCAAAUUAUACGAAGAGGUGCCUUAUUAAAUUGUAUCGAAAACACCCAAAAAUGUAUCAAGCGAAUCCACUAUUAGGUACGAAUUGUAAAUGCAACUAGUGUAUUUUGAUAUGUUUCUACGGAUACUUGUUUAUGUUUAACAUUUCUCAUCUUUGAUUAGAUGUACGGGAGUUCGAAUUUUGGACAAUUUUGUAGGACGUUCAUAGUUUGUAGGAACGGAAUACGUUAAACAUCAAAAGUUCAUUUAUUCAAACUGCUAAACCAAUAAAAUUGACAGUUAUAAAUUACUGAUGUUUUUUCUUUUAACACAUUAUUUGUAAUAAAAAAGUAACAGUUGUGUGGUUUCUUUUUUCUUUUAAGUAGAAAUAUGUCUCCUUUAUUUAUUUCUCUUUUUACAUAUAAAACCAUAACUGAUUUGUUUUACAACUAUUAUAUCUAAUAAACUUUGGAACUGAUGACACAA